GAAAGGUUAUUUUUUCUUCCCGGCGUUAACCUUUCCUGUGCUGUGCGGGAAAUGUUGAGGACUUUUUAAAAUUUUAACAUUAUUAUUAUUGUUGUUGUUGUUGAGAUGGGGGGGUCACACUAUGUCGCCCAGGCUGGUCUUGAACUCCUGGCUUCAAGCGAUCCUCCCACCUCGGCCUCCCAAAGUGCUGGGAUUCGAGGCGUGAGCCACCGCGUCCGGCCCGUGGAUGUUUUUUAAAAAGGCUGAGUGGCCUCACUUGGGACCGAAAAGGUGAAGUCCCCGCCCCGUGGUGCAGCAGCGAAGACAAGCGGAGCCACCUGUCAGAGGGCUGUGGGCGGGGGCCGGGGCCGUGAGGGCCUUGGAACCGGAGGGUGAGCGCCGUUGAGCGCACGCUCAGAGCAGACCGCUCGCAAGGAGGCAGGAUGUGAUAGUCUUAAGACCCUGGAAGCUGACGGCCAGAGGGAGGGAAAGGUGGUCACAGAGGAGAGGCAAAGCAACCGGAGGUAGAGGAUCCUGGAGGUGACUGCAAGGAGAGUACGCAGGGGCGAGGGGCUGCAGAAGCUGACCCUGCGACUUCUGCGCCGACGCGGGGCGGGCGGGAGAGAGGAGGAGAGGGCAGCGCGGCGGCGCUGCGGGCUGGCCCAGUCGGGGAGGGGGCUGCCAUGUCCCGUGAGCGACCCCCCGGCACCGACAUCCCCCGCAACCUGAGCUUUAUUGCCGCGCUAACGGAGCGCGCCUACUACCGUAGCCAGCGGCCCAGCCUCGAGGAGGAGCCGGAGGAGGAGCCAGGCGAGGGAGGGACGCGGUUCGGGGCCCGAUCCCGCGCUCACGCACCAAGUCGGGGACGCCGGGCCCGGUCUGCACCAGCCGGAGGCGGCGGGGCUCGGGCGCCCCGCAGCCGUAGCCCAAACACCCGCAAGAGAGUGCGUUUUGCCGACGCACUGGGGUUGGAGCUGGCCGCCGUGCGCCGCUUCCGUCCCGGGGAGCUGCCCCGGGUGCCCCGCCACGUGCAGAUCCAACUGCAGAGGGACGCCCUCCGCCACUUCGCGCCCUGCCAGCCCCGCGCCCGCGGCCUCCAGGAGGCGCGCGCCGCCCUGGAGCCGGCCAGCGAGCCCGGCUUCGCCGCCCGCUUGCAGGCGCAGCGAAUCUGCCUGGAACGCGCCGAGGCGGGCCCGCUGGGCGUGGCCGGGAGCGCGCGCGUGCUGGACCUGGCCUACGAGAAGCGCGUGAGCGUGCGCUGGAGCGCCGACGGCUGGCGGAGCCAACGUGAGGCCCCCGCCGCCUACGCCGGCCCGGCCCCGCCCCCGCCGCGCGCCGAUCGCUUCGCCUUCCGCCUGCCCGCGCCGCCGAUUGGGGGUUCUCUGCUCUUCGCCUUGCGCUACCGUGUGACAGGUCACGAGUUCUGGGACAACAACGGCGGCCGUGACUAUGCUCUACGAGGGCCCGAGCACCCAGGCAGUGGCGGAGCCCCGGAGCCCCAGGGCUGGAUCCACUUUAUCUGAGACGAGGCACCUGCGGCCGACGGCGGAAAACCCCAAAGAAGGGAUGGAAACCCUAUUUGCUUUUCUCAAAGCCCAUGGUUGGUCUACUUUCCUCACUCAGGCUCCUUGACAGUCUUCUAGAAGAGAGAAGAAGGAAAAGAAGCAGUUCUUGAUGUUACAAAUGAACAAGGAUCUUCCAGGAAAAGACCAUAGUUUCUGAUUGUGCUCUGCCUUCCCGUCCUGCCAGUCUCCUGGACUGGCUUGGAGAAGACAGGGGGGUCCCAAGCUUCAUCUGUGGCUCGAAGGAGUUUGCUGCUGUCUCCUGUGCCAGUGUCCCAUCUCUGCAGGAUCAGCACAGGAUACCCCUCGCCUGCCUGCUUACACUCCAGCCUUGCCAUACAUUGGAAUUCUCUCCUGACCCGAGCCAACACUCCACACCUGUUGGUGUGCCACUUCCCUCCCUCUUCCCCGACUGGCAUUGAACAGACAAACCCCUCUAAUGUUUCCACUAGGUUGGGUCCAUGAUUAGAACACCUGCUACAUGGUCUGUGCUUGGGCCUUUUGUGGGAAUCCUAAUGUUACUGGGUAAAUGCCAACUCUGACUGUGGGCAGAAAGCUAAUGAUAAUCUUGUUCCCUAAGCUCUUUCUCAGAAGUACGCUGGCUUACUCCCCCAAUGUCGGCUUUAUAGAACAACAUUUUUGUCUUGAUUCUUCCCAUAUUGAGCUGCCCCUGGGCUUAGGUAAGCUGUUAGUUUCCCCAACUGCCUCAAGGCUGGGUCUGGCUGAGCUACCUUCCUGUGCACACAAAUAACAGGCGUCUCCUUGGAACCUGACUUACUAUCGGUGCCACCAAGCCUUGUAAAAUAGGAAAGAAACUAGUAUUUCUUGAGUGACUUCUGAGUGCCUGGUUCUUUCAAGGCUGUCUGGAGAGAUUCCCUGCCCUGAUACCAUUGGUGUGUACUCUUAUCCCAGGACUUCAGCACUGAGAUUCUCCCAACCCCCUGGCUUUUCCUCACCUUGGGUUGAACCCAUGCAGCAUCACCACAAAACCCACCAUCUGCAAAUCAACCAAGAUUAGGCGGUGUGCCCUUUCCAUCUUGCACUACUCUUUCCAAAACUUCCACCUGUAUUUCCCACAGCCCCAGUAAGCAAAGCAGAGUGUGCCUGGACACAGCAGCAUCCACUGCUUUCUCCCAGCAGGUGCAGUCUCAUCGGACACCGGGACACUCAGAGUUUAGCGGAAUCUUCAGCCACCCUAUUAGUGUGUUAUGCAUUAGGCAUUGUGGUAGAAACUCCUCUGACAGCUCAUGACUAAUGAACAGGAGCAAUUUUGAAUAUGUCAGCCAUGGACUGGGAAGUGCCAUAAGAGAAAACACUACCAUGGUCAGAGGCUUGGGUCUUUGAGACACCCAGUAGAAAUACUGUGGCCCAUUCCUCUCAUCCAGACUGCAGAUACCUUCCUACACCUACCUGUCCCAUAGCCUCCUUUGUGUUCCUUUGUUUUUCUUUGUGAAUGCAGAAAAACCUUUCAUUAUGAGCCCCAGCUCCUCAGUUUUCCAUCUAACACCCACAUUCCCUUGUUUCUAACUCCUGUGUUUUUCUGGAAACUGUUUGGAUCUUCGCAGUUUGCAGGUCACAGAAUCAGACCUGAAAAGGCUUCCCUUUAGAGAUCAUUGGAUCCAGGCUUCUUUACAGAUGAGAAUACAGGUCCAAAGGUGAGAAAUGACUCUAGUAGGGUCAUAGAAUUUGUUAGUACAGCUCAAAAUGGGCUUAAAUCUGGGCCUCCUGAUCACAUCCCACUCCCAGGCUAAGAAACGGGUCUCUGCUGGCUGUGGUGGUUCACACCUGUAAUCACAACACUUUGGGAGUCUGGCUGAGACAGGAGCAUUGCUUGAACCUGGGAGUUUAAGACCAGCCUGAGCGACAUAGUGAGACCUUGUCUCUACAAAAAUUUUAAAAAUUAGCUGGACAUGGUGGCACGGGUCUGUAGUCCAGCUAUUCAGGAAGCUGAGGCAGGAGGAUCGCUUGAGCCCAGGAGUUGGAGGUUACUGAGCUAUGAUCGCAUCGCUACACUCCAGCCUGGGUGACAGUGAGACAGACCCUCAAUUAAAAAAAAAGGGAGAGAGAGAGAGAGAGAGGUCUCUACACAAACCCGUGAUUUUUCACGGCAAGGUAUAACAUCAGAAAUGUUUCAUUUUCUGCUGUUAGUUUCCAUUCCUUUCCCCACCUAGGUGUAAAGAGAAACAAAAGGCAAUGACAGUAUUCUCUGUGUCCCCAGCUUUGGCACUUUUAUUGAUGUUGUAUAGAGCAGUGACUUUGCUAGAAAGACUGAAUAAUCCACCCACUGAAUAGCUAACCUGGGGAGGAAAUGAAAAUUUUCUAUGUGAAUCUCCCCAAAACCGUUGUCACCAGGCCCUCCCAGAACUUCCCCAGUUCCUUCCAGUGCAACCCUGUGCACUCAGCCCUCAACCCAAUAGUAUUGUGCCUCACUUUACCUUCCAUGGGCAACUGCCCUCCCUCCUGGACAUAAAACCUCAUAUUUUAAAUAAAGUUGAAAUAUGAAAAGAAAGUA